AUGAAGGAGGUGGCAAAGCUGCCGCGGAGCUGUGAACGCCUUGAGAUUUUGGAUGAGUCAACAAUAGCAGCCUGUGGCCGACAGGUCGUGUACUUCUGCCCACUACCGGGUUCCGCGCAGUCAGCGGCUCCUGCUUCUUCGGUGGUUUUUUUGACAAAGCGUGCUGAGUGCUGCGCACCAUGGCACCCGCCCGGGGCAGCAAUGCAGCAGUGUGGUGUUUUUUACGCUGAGGCAGGUCACAUUCACUUUCGUCGUUGUGACAGCGACGGCCAACCUGUACAGGAGUCGCGGAAAGUACUGCAAUCACCGUCGCCUGCCUCCGACAGGAUUGAUGAGAUGAGGGUAUUCUUUGGCACAACGCUAGUGGUGCGCGCCGCCGACGCCAUUGCCUGCUACGCCUUGGAUCUCACCCUUGGUGCUAAAGUGGCACAAGUGCCGUUACUUGGUCGCGUGGCGCUGCAACGCCUCGCCCUCACUGGGAAUGUGACGGAAGCUGUCAUGAUGGACGGAUCCCCUCCUGGCGAUGUUGAUCACUUGCUUGCCGUUGUUACGUACUGCAGUACUACGCAGCGUGUUAGCGCUCUUCUUCUGGCGGUGGGGCACGCAUCCGUGACAGUUCUAGCACAGACACGAGACAGUGGACUUGCGUUGCCGCCGGACGUGAAUGCACCGCUGAGCAGUUGGUCGGUCGAUUGGUCUAGGCGUGAAGUACUGUUUGUGUUUGCUGAUACCGUCGCCAGCCCCGCGACCUUGUUGACAAGGACCCUCUCCCUGGCUACAAUGGAGUGGGCGGCCUCCUUUACGGACCUGGCGUCGCUGCCCUCUGUUCCUGCCGAUGUGGGCCACACGCACACUGGUGACAUAUGGGCGUUGGACAACUCUUGUGACGGGCUUGUGAAGCUAUUUAAGCUGUCCUUUGGGUGUGUGACGCGGGAGGUGGCGCUGCAGCGAGCCACAGGUCACGAUGCCGUAUUUUUAACCACGUUGGGCUCCAUGCUAUAUGUGUUGGUGGGUACGAAGGUGUUGGAGCUGCGGGAGGAUGAUGACAGGAGUGCAACGACACCAACAACAACGUUAUGUGAUUGGCUGACGCAGCAGAUUGCGAAGGGGCCGUACAACGGGACGCGGGGGCAAAUGUUGGGGAGGGAGAAAACAGGUGAUAAAAGGAAAACUGAGAUUGAUGCCAUAGUCGACUUUGUAAACGAUCCUGCAUCUAGUUUGCCCGCUAUAAUUGUUCGUGACUGUCGCUACGUGGUAUGCACAACGGAUGCUGCGGGGGGAUAUCACCACGCUAUCCUUGAUGCCAUACAGACAGCAAGCGGGGAACACGGUAGCAACAUCUCUCUGGUGCGAUACGUCGCAGUUGCGCAGUCAAUUCACCCCCUAACUAUUCUACGAGUCUUAAGCGUUCCUGAUCCGUCCGUCCGUCUCAGCCUUGCUGUGCUGCUUGCGACAAAGCCAUCGCUUAUGGAAGGUGGAGUGCGACUGUUGGAGUGGAGUUCCCCCGUGCGUGUCUUUUGUCAGGGCGUAGGACAGACGCAGGCGAAGCUUUUCACUGCAGCAGUGUGCGAGAGUGCCCUUACUGCCCUCGCUGCCGGUGCACUUGGGGCGGUUGAAUUACUUUGCACCGUUGCAGACUUUAUGAUGAUCGUAACGCUGGGCAGCGACAA